AUGGCUGCAGUAACUUCCAAUUGGAGUGUGUCUGCUGAAGUCUGUUCUGCCGCCUACACCUACUACGGUUACUACUACUACACCUACUACACCUACUACGUAUACUGUAAUGAAGGCUGUUGUGGUUAUUACUACGACAGGGAAUGCUGUGCAUCGACUGCGGGUACUAUUGCCGGAGCAGUCGUCGGAUGCGUCUUCUUCAUUGCCUGCAUCGUCGUAAUCAUCAUCGUCAUCAAGAAAUGCAAUACGAGAAGAACUGGCGUUAUUGUUGCGGGGCGUACAGGUGCGCCUGGGGGAAACGUCACUGUUGUGAACACCCAUCAACAUCAGCCUUACGGUGGAUAUCCUCAGCCGGCCUACCCCCAACCACAGUACGGGGCACAUCCAUACGGCGGAGCUGUGUAUCCACAACCACCACCACCACCAGGAGCAGCACCACCAGCCUACCCACCACCACUGGCACCACCAGCCUACCCACCCCCUCAGAACGUUCCUGGCCAACCAGUUACUUAUUAG